UGAGGGGCGAGCUAACUGAAGGUAUAGGAAGGCGAGGACCGUCUACUGGUGUUUUCAUUAAGCAGCGGGUGGAGAAAGCCCGGCUCGCGUAGCGUUCGGUGCCAGUGUCCCGCAGGCGGCAAACGGUGGAGAUGAGCGAAGGCCGGGUCGAAGCGGUGGAGCCGGGCCAGGAGCCGCCGAGUCCGGACGGAAGCACCGGGGCCUCCCGGCUCGGCCAGGCAGAGGAGAAGAAACCGGGGUCCGGGAGCCUGCUUGACGGGAAGUCUGAGAUGGUGCUGGACCUGGAGGAGAAGGUGCAGCGCAGCAAGAGGGACCGUCGCAACUCCCUGCACCGCACCAUGCUGCUGGAGAGCCAGAUGAAGACGGUCCGCGGCGAGCUGGAGGACACGCUGGACCACCUGCAGGAGCUGCGCAACGUGCUGCGGCGCUCGCAGCAGAACGCAGAGGAGCGCAAGGCGGCCAUGGAGAAACUGGCCGCCGGGCGCCGGUGAGCACCUUGUCCUCCACCCCGCCCCUGACUAACGCAAACACGCCGCGCCCCUCUGUCCAUCCCGCUCUUCAGUUAUCUCAGUGUGCUCAGUGCUCAGCCACUGCGUUCAGAUGAUAAGGCCCCUUCUCUAAUUACCCCUCCGCAACCGCCCCUCCCCUUCCGUGUCUACUGUUCCUCGUGUACACGGCCAACGUCUUUCGGUUGCUCCACAGGGCUGAAAACACACCGGGGCGCGCCCUUACUGCGCUAAGCAGCUCAAUCGAAUGACCUAAUGACUGUAUGAGUAUCUGUGGGAAAUGCUUCUGAAUGUUUGCUUUGAAAAUGAUGAGACAGUGGCAGCCCUAUCUCAGCAUGUACAUCCUGGUUAUAAAGUAUGAACUCCAGUUAACAAAUAUGAUUGCCAGUUGCUGUCUCUCUUGUUUGCCCCUCUUUAAACUUGUCUGUAUUCAUUGAUAAACAUUUCAGGUUUGGUUGAGCUGUUCUCAUCAGUUUAUUGCCUCUGUAUAUGAAGUACAAAACAAAUUCCUUUUACACUGGAAACAGGAAGAUGGAUACCUGUUACAGAACUGCAGGCCUCUUUGUUGUCUUAAGAAGUAAUGUCAAGCAAAUAACACUUGUGUAAAUUUUUACAUUUUGUAACAUUACAUUUUCUGUUGAAGAAAGUAUCAUCUUACUCUUGUCACAUUUUUGAGGCAGUAUUGCAUGGUAACACAAUUGUCAGAAUAUGAAUAUGUAGACAAAUAAGUAGAUCAUUCAUUCAUGCAGUAUGUAUACUGUAUACAGCUGAACGACUAUCCCAGUAAUGCGCUGUUUGAAGAAUCAGUGCGUCCACUCAUUAGAAGACCGUUCUUUGCACAUGGUGCAAAUUCCUGGUAUAAACUAUAAUCAGGUUCUCAGCUGGAUGAAAAUCUGAUUAUAGUUUAUCUCUCUUGUGUGUGCGGGGAGGGCUAUCUAGCAUCAGGCACAUUACUGUCACUAGUUAUGCCAUCCACUACUUGUAUGGAAAUUUUCAUCAUCAUCAAAUCUAUGUUAUGGCAGAUUUUCUUUCCAUAACACCAGAAUCAUACCUUUCAUAUAGUUUCAAGAAACUGAGCAGUCAUUGAGUCCUUCCAAUUUUUUUUUUGUAUAUUUGUAGGCCGAAUGCAAGCCAAGAAACACAUCUGAUUUCUGUCCAGUGAUAUACAAAUAUUAAUAAAAUAAUAAUAUUUGUUCUUUUGCA